AUGAUUCAGAUGUUCACUGUAACAUUGGAAGACUGAACUCUGUGGAACAGUCUUCACAGCUCCUGUGAAUCCAAAAUGACCACCCUGCCCCCACUGCCCAUGACACGCCCGAAGCUUACAGCCUUAGCCAGACAGAAGCUGCCUUGCUCCUCCAGAAAAAUUCCAAGGUCUCAAUUGAUCAAAGAAAAAGAUGACAUAGAUCAUUAUCUAGAGGUGAAUUUCAAAGGAUUGUCAAAAGAGGAGGUUGCUGCUCAUAGGAACUCCUACAAGAAGAACAUCUGUGUGGACAUGCUGCGAGAUGGUUAUCAUAAGUCCUUCACCGAGCUCUUCGCUCUGAUGGAGCAGUGGGAUGCCCUGAGGGAGGCUGCGAGAGUCAGGUCCCUCUUCUGGCUGCAGAAACCCCUGGAGGAGCAGCCUGAUAAACUGGAUUACUUCUACCAUUACCUGACCAGGGCUGAGGACGCUGAGAGAAAAGAAUCCUUCGAAGAUGUAUAUAACAACUUGUAUGCUCUGGCCUGUUACUUCAAUAACUCUGAAGACAAGUGGGUGAGGAACCACUUCUAUGAACGAUGUUUUAAGAUUGCUCAGCUGAUCAAAAUUGACUGUGGGAAGAAAGAAGCCGAGGCGCACAUGCAUAUGGGUCUUCUCUACGAGGAAGAUGGUCAGCUUCUGGAAGCUGCUGAGCAUUAUGAAGCAUUCCAUCAAUUGACGCAGGGGCGGAUAUGGAAGGAUGAGACAGGCCGCUCUCUCAGCUUGUUGGCCUGUGAGAGUCUCCUGAGGACUUACAGAUUACUCUCAGACAAAAUGCUGCAAAAUAAAGAAUACAAACAGGCCAUCAAAAUUCUAAUAAAAGCUUCUGAAAUAGCCAAAGAAGGAAGUGACAAAAAGAUGGAAGGGGAAGCCUCUUACUACUUGGGCUUAGCACACUUAGCUGCUGAGGAAUAUGAAACUGCAUUAACAGUCCUUGACACUUACUGUAAAAUCUCCACAGAACUGGAUGAUGAUCUCAGCCUGGGGAGAGCCUAUGAAGCCAUAGCCAAGGUCCUGCAGAGCCAAGGAGAUACGACAGAAGCAAUUAAAUACUUGAAAAAAUUUGUGAAAAUUGCAAGAAACAAUUUUCAAAGCCUUGAUUUUGUGAGAGCAAGUACAAUGCUUGGGGACAUCUACAAUGAAAAAGGAUACUACAACAAAGCUUCUGAAUGCUUUCAGCAAGCUUUUGACACAACAGUAGAGCUAAUGAGCAUGCCUCUGAUGGAUGAGACAAAAGUUCACUAUGGAAUAGCAAAAGCUCAUCAGAUGAUGCUUACAGUGAACAACUAUAUAGAGUCUGCAGAUCUCACCAGCCUCAACUACCUGCUGUCAUGGAAGGAGAGCAGAGGUGACAUUGAACCUGAUCCAGUUACUGAAGAGUUUCGAGGAUCCACGGUGGAAACUGUAUCUCAAAACUCAGAACAUUUGGAAGAACUCAGUAGAUUUCCAGGUGAUCAAAAAAAUGAAACUUAAAGCAACUUUCCACUUAACAUCAAAGCGAGAAGAAAUCCAUCAUGUUACCUUAGACUUCAAUACUUGUAAUAGGAACAUGUUACAG